UGUUUGGGCUAUUGUGUUGACUGUGUUUCUUUCUUCCUUCUUCUCAAAUCUCAAAACGCCACCACCAAACACAACAAACCCAUUUCAUUCAUUCAAGAAAUAUUCAUAAAUCUACUUCUUUGUCCUUCAACUCAUACCUUUUCUAUUUUAAAGAUCUAAAGAACAAAAUCACACAACAUACAAAAUCCUUAAGCUUUUGGACUAAGAUCCAUUUUGAUUCCGGUCAUGAAUCCGCAUCUGCUGCCUCCUCAUUUACUCUGUUUGUUUACUUGAUCUGCAAUACUGAAUCUAUUAUUGAGUUGGGAAGAUAAAUUUGCUAGGGAAUCACCUUAGUUUCAUCCUUCUUCUUUGAGCCAAUGGCUUCUGUAAGUGUUGUGCCUACUUCUGGAUUACGGGAACCAAGUGGAAAUACAGCCGGUGCUGAUAAAUUGCCUGAUGAGAUGAAUGACAUGAAAAUUAGGGAUGAAAAGGAAAUGGAAGCAACUGUUGUUGAUGAUAAUGGAACAGAGACAGGUCAUAUUAUUGUCACAACUAUUGGUGGCAAAAAUGGAAAUGCAAAACAGACAAUAAGCUAUAUGGCUGAGCGUGUUGUUGGACAUGGAUCUUUCGGAGUAGUAUUUCAGGCUAAGUGCUUAGAGACUGGUGAAACUGUUGCUAUAAAAAAGGUUCUACAAGAUAAAAGGUACAAGAACCGAGAGCUGCAAACCAUGCGUCUUCUGGACCACCCUAAUGUAGUAUCUCUGAAGCACUGUUUCUUCUCAACAACUGAAAAGGAUGAACUCUACCUUAACUUGGUACUUGAGUAUGUCCCUGAAACUGUUCACCGGGUGAUCAAACACUACAAUAAGAUGGGACAAAGAAUGCCGCUGAUAUAUGUGAAACUAUAUUUUUACCAGAUUUGUAGAGCUCUUGCUUAUAUUCACAACAGUAUUGGAGUGUGCCAUAGAGACAUAAAGCCUCAAAAUUUGUUGGUUAACCCACAUACCCACCAGCUCAAACUGUGUGACUUUGGAAGUGCAAAAGUGUUGGUGAAAGGGGAACCAAACAUAUCUUACAUAUGUUCUAGGUACUACCGAGCACCUGAACUUAUAUUUGGUGCAACUGAGUACACCACAGCGAUUGACAUCUGGUCUGCUGGAUGUGUACUGGCUGAAUUGCUGCUUGGACAGCCUCUCUUUCCUGGUGAGAGUGGAGUGGAUCAGCUUGUUGAAAUUAUAAAGGUUUUGGGUACCCCAACGCGGGAGGAAAUCAAGUGCAUGAAUCCCAACUACACUGAGUUCAAGUUUCCCCAAAUUAAAGCACACCCAUGGCAUAAGAUAUUCCAUAAGCGCAUGCCUCCUGAAGCUGUGGAUCUCGUAUCAAGAUUAUUGCAGUACUCUCCAAAUCUUCGAAGUACAGCUUUGGAGGCUUUGAUCCAUCCCUUCUUUAAUGAGCUACGUGACCCUAACACUCGGUUACCAAAUGGACGAUUCCUUCCUCCACUUUUCAACUUUAAACCUCAUGAACUGAGGGGAGUGCCAGUUGAGAUGUUGGCAAAGCUAAUCCCAGAGCAUGCAAGAAAGCAGUGUGCCUUCCUUGGAUUGUGAUGCAGUUCUUUGUAGUUAGUGUCUGCUGCUCGCAGAAAAGCGUCCUGUAGAAAAGAAAAUUUAGCUAGUUUCAAGUGAUCAUAUUGAAGCAGUGUUAUUUGUUAUGCAACCCCUGUUCAUUUAUUACUUUUUUAUAUUUAUUUUUUGUAGUUUUUAUUUAUCUUCUACUUCUUUGUAGAGAGCAGAUAUAAAAAGAAGGUUCUGCUUGUUAUGUUAAUCCUCACUGGAUAUGCUGACCCUUAGUUUUCUGUUGAAGACAUAAUCAACACAUUUUAUCAAUUAUAGACUGUUUCCUUCCUUUUUGAUA